AUCUCAAACAAUAAUUUAAAAAAAUUCCAAAAUUUUUCGACGACCACCACUCCUCCUCCUUCCAAGGAUAUAGCUUCGUCCGCGAGCCAGGUAACAUUCUCCGGCGAAAAAAUAACAGCACCAUCGAUCUCCGAUAAUUGGUGCACUACAUCUCCUCGGCGGCCAAGAUUCAGUUAAAUAAAAUGUCUUCAAAUCCUAUUUUGCUCAUAGAUCCAUAGAAGAUGGGGAUGGGGUUAGGAUCUUUGACGUCGGAGGAGCAGCGGCGGAGAUGGUGAUUUCUUAAAAAGAAAAAUUGGUCGAACACUCGGUCGGCAAACGAAGGAGGAAAUGGGGCAAGUAAUGGCGGCGGCGGGUUGGAAAUAGUUUAGAGGUGGAAAUGAUGAUUUGCCGGGGUGGGGUUGAUGGUCGGUGGUUGCGAGAGAGUGGAAAAAACCAAUUGGGUUAUGCACGAAUAUCGAUUGGAGGGCAAGCAUUCUUGCAAAAUCUCCCCAAAACUGCUAAUAAUGAAUGGGUGAUAUGCAGAAUAUUUAAGAAGAGUAGUGAUGGGAAAAUAGUGCCUAUAUCAGGGUUUGCAAGGAAUAGAAACUGCGGGGUCGAUUCAGAGGCGGCGUCCGAUUUGCCUCAGUUGAUGGAUUUUUCGUCUGACGAAAAUCAUACAAGAACCACUUGUGCACGUGCUGCUGAGGGAUCUCACGUGACCUGCUUCUCCAAUCCGAUGGAGGACCCACGAGAUAUAAUAUAA